UAAAACGACGACGCUCUCAUAUUUCAAUUCCUCUCUUUCCGUAGCUAUGCUAUAUUGCUAUUCCCCACAUUUCCCCAUUCUACCCCUCUCACGAGCUAAACAGCUCAAGCACUAGCGUCGGUAGGCGGCGGCAACCCCAUAUUGGAUUUUUCCCAAUUUUUCCCAUUUUAAAAAAUGCCACUUUUAUUAUAAAUGUAUUUUUGCAAAGCUGGGAAAGUGUUAACCACUUACUCCCUUGAUAAGGACGAAAAGAAGGGGUUCAAGUUCAAGAGGAUAAUAAGCAGAAAUUCUCAACUCCUCGACUCCACCCUUCCAACACUGUGAAUGAUCACUCCUUUUGAAGUUGAAUUCUCGAAAAAAGUUGCGAUCUUGGGAAGCUGUGCGCAAUGGAUAUGAAGGUGAAACUGGUUGUCUGGUUUCUGUUCAUGUUAACGGCGCCAGGUUUGGGGUCGGCGGCGCGGCGCCGGAAUCUUGAGGUUAAGCGGCACCUCAGCCGUCUGAACAAGCCUUCUAUCAAGUCCAUCAAGAGCCCAGAUGGUGAUAUCAUAGACUGCAUUCGCAUAUCUCAUCAACCAGCUUUCGAUCAUCCCCAUCUCAAGAAUCACACAAUUCAGAUGAUGCCUAGUUAUCACCCAGAGGGGCUAUACAGAGAUGGAAAGAGAGUGGGGAAGAAGGAAAGUGGGGGGAUAACUCAGCUGUGGCACAAGAAUGGGAGGUGCCCACAAGGAACCAUUCCGGUGAGGAGAACUAGAGAAGAUGAUUUGCUGAGAGCAAGUUCGAUCCAAUCAUUUGGGAAGAAGAAGCACAAAACCAUUCCUAAACCCCCAUCUUAUGCUGCUCCUCAACCUGAUCUCAUUAACCAGAAUGGCCAUCAGCAUGCCAUAGCAUAUGUUGAAGGAGAUCAAUACUAUGGAGCAAAGGCUACCAUAAAUGUGUGGGAUCCUAAAAUUCAACAGACAAAUGAGUUCAGCUUGUCCCAGCUUUGGCUUCUUGGAGGCUCUUUUGCCUCUGAUCUCAACAGCAUUGAGGCUGGCUGGCAGGUUAGCCCAGACUUAUAUGGUGAUAACAACACAAGACUCUUCACCUACUGGACUAGCGACGCUUAUCAAGCAACGGGUUGCUACAACUUACUGUGCUCGGGUUUUAUCCAAAUCAACAAUCAAAUAGCAAUGGGGGCCAGCAUCUACCCCCUCUCGAGCUACCGGAGUUCCCAAUAUGAUAUCAGCAUACUUGUCUGGAAGGACCCGAAAGAGGGGAACUGGUGGAUGCAGUUUGGGAACGACUACGUGCUGGGAUACUGGCCAGCGUUUCUGUUUUCCUACUUAUCAGACAGUGCUUCUAUGAUCGAAUGGGGAGGCGAGGUGGUGAACUCAGAAUCAGACGGGCAACACACCACAACGCAGAUGGGCAGCGGCCAUUUCCCCGAAGAGGGAUUUGGUAAGUCGAGUUAUGUGAGAAACAUUCAGGUUGUAGACGAGUCGAACAACUUGAGGGCUCCUAAAAACAUCGGCACUUUCACCGAGCAGUCGAGUUGCUACGAUAUUCAGCUUGGCAGGAACGGUGAAUGGGGUGACCACUUCUACUAUGGGGGGCCUGGAAGAAACUCCAACUGCCAGUGAUGGAGUUGAGGAACAAAAUGGAAAGAGAAAAAACAUAUAUAUUAUAUAUAUAUAUAUAUAUAUAUCAGAUUGGUUUUCCUUCUUGCAAAACCUUGUUCUAGGAUUUUUCUUCCCCAAAAUGGAAAAUAAGCUUAUUUUAGGGGAGGUUGAUGGUAGCUUGAGCUCAAACAUUUAUCAGUGUGUCAAUUAUUCAUUGUUGUACCUAUGUAAUCAAGAUAGGAAUUUGAGUGGUGGUGUGUAAGUUUCUUAAAUGAAGGAAACAUGCAUCUUUUCUUUU